GGUUUUUGUGUCGCAAAACUAACCGGAAACGGAAGUAAACCGGAAGUACUGUGACGUGUCCUCGCGUAAACAAAACAACGCGUCGAGUUGCAACAUCUUUGUUGUUUUCGCUGCUGGUCUUCACUUUGAUAUCAACAAAGGCCAUCUUUCGAAUCCCGAAUCUAUUUUCAACUGCCACAGCAAACCAGUUCGACGUCAAAGGAUUUGUACGACUGGCCCAGCCAGAAGCCAAGAAGCAAAGAAGCAGACAUGGCCCAGCAGCGAGGAGUCAACAGUCUGCAGUUCAACCAGGACCACAGUUGCUUCUGCUGCUCCAUGGAGUCAGGAGUGAGGAUCUACAACGUGGAGCCUCUGAUGGAGAAAGGUCACCUUGAUCACGAGCAAGUGGGAAGCGUGGCGCUGUGCUCCAUGCUGCACCGAUCCAACCUGCUGGCCGUGGUCGGGGGCGGAGUCAAUCCCAAAUUCUCCGAGAUAUCAGUCUUGAUCUGGGACGACGCCCGCGAGUGCCGAGACGCCAAAGACAAGCUGGUGCUGGAGUUCACCUUCACCAAGCCCGUCUUGGCGGUCCGCAUGAGACACGACAAGAUCGUCAUCGUGUUGAAGAACCGCAUCUACGUCUACACCUUUCCCGACAAGCCCGUCAAGCUGUUUGAGUUUGACACCCGAGACAAUCCCAAAGGUCUGUGUGACUUGUGUCCGAGUCUGGACAAGCAGCUGCUCGUCUUUCCAGGUCACAAAUGUGGGAGCCUGCAGCUGGUGGAUUUGUCCAACACCAAGCCUGGAACCUCGUCCGCCCCGUUCACAAUCAACGCCCACCAGAGCGAGAUCGCCUGCGUGGCGCUCAACCAGCCCGGCAGCGUGGCCGCCUCCGCCUCCCGCAAAGGAACGCUGAUCCGUCUCUUCGACACCACCACCAGGGACAAGCUGGUGGAGCUGCGCAGAGGGACCGACCCCGCCACGCUCUACUGCAUCAACUUCAGUCACGACUCCUCCUUCCUGUGUGCGUCCAGCGACAAAGGGACCGUCCACAUCUUCGCUCUCAAAGACACCAAACUGAACCGCCGUUCUGCGUUGGCGCGCGUGGGGAAAGUGGGCCCUGUGAUUGGUCAGUACGUGGACAGUCAGUGGUCUUUGGCCAGCUUCACCGUGCCCGCCGAGUGCGCCUGCAUCUGCGCCUUCGGGAAGAACACGUCCAAGAACGUCAACUCUGUCAUCGCCAUUUGUGUGGACGGAACCUUCCACAAGUACGUCUUCACGCCUGACGGGAACUGCAACAGGGAAGCCUUCGACGUCUAUUUGGACAUUUGCGACGACGACGACUUCUGAGGCCGACGGGGAACGUCGGAGACAGUAAAGGUCGUCGGUCGUCAUGGUAACAGGCGGACUGAGAAGUAAACACUCGAUGUGCCGACUGAGUGAAUUUUGACGGCGCCACGAGUCGCUCCACUGUUUCAAGUUAGCUCCUCCCCUUCCGCUAUGACCACUGAGGGUGGUAAGUGUCCCUAUUUUGAGUGUCAUCAGUACAACAUCCUGGUACUGACAGUGUACUGCAUUUUAAGGAAGUACCGUAUUUUCCGGACCAUAGGGCGCACCGGAUUACGAAUGGUCUAUUUUCGAUAUGUUUUCAUAUAUAAGGCGCACCGGAUUAUAGAGCGCAAUAAAGGAUUCAUAUUAUGUGUCAUGAUAGAUUUUUGAGGGUCGUGUGUAAUGUUCUAUAUUUUCAAAGGAACAUAUAACAUGUUGGUGUUGUUUACUUGGGUCAUAUUGCAGUCUACACGUAUCUCUUGUGUGUGACUGCCAUCGUAUUGCAGUCUACACGUAUCUCUUGUGUGUGACAGCCAUCAUAUUGCAGUCUACACGUAUCUCUUAUGAGUGACUGCCAUCAUAUUGCAGUCUACACGUAUCUCUUGUGUGUGACAGCCAUCAUAUUGCAGUCUACACAUAUCUGUUGUGUGUGACAGCCAUCAUAUUGCAGUCUACACAUAUCUGUUGUGUGUGACAGCCAUCAUAUUGCAGUCUACACGUAUCUCUUAUGAGUGACUGCCAUCAUAUUGCAGUCUACACGUAUCUCUUAUGAGUGACUGCCAUCAUAUUGCAGUCUACACGUAUCUCUUGUGUGUGACUGCCAUCAUAUUGCAGUCUACACAUAUCUGUUGUGUGUGACAGCCAUCAUAUUGCAGUCUACACGUAUCUCUUAUGAGUGACUGCCAUCAUAUUGCAGUCUACACGUAUCUCUUAUGUGUGACUGCCAUCAUAUUGCAGGCUACAUGUAUCUCUUAUGUUAACUGCCAUCAUAUUGCAGUCUACACUAUCUCGUAUGUGUGACUGCCAUCUACCGGUCACACUUAUCAUUACACCAAAUAAAAUAGCUUCAAGGUCGGUAAGCAAAACUAGAAUUAUUCCGUACAUUAGGCGCACCGGGUUAUAAGGCGUACUAACUAUCUCGUAUGUGUGACUGCCAUCUACUGGUCACACUUAUCAUUUAACCAAAUAAAAUACCUUCAAGGUCAGUAAGCAAAACCAGAAUUAUUCCGUACAUUAGGCGCACCGGGUUAUAGGGCGCACUACACUAUCUCGUAUGUGUGACUGCCAUCUACUGGUCACACUUGUCAUUUCACCAAAUAAAAUAGUCUCGAGGUCGGUAAGCAAAACCAGAAUUAUUCCGUACAUUAGGCGCACCGGGUUAUAAGGCGCACUACACUAUCUCGUAUGUGUGACUGCCAUCUACUGGUCACACUUGUCAUUUCACCAAAUAAAAUAGUUUCGAGGUCGGUAAGCAAAACCAGAAUUAUUCCGUACAUUAGGCGCACCGGGUUAUAAGGCGCACUACGCUAUCUCGUACGUGUGACUGCCAUCUACUGGUCACACUUGUCAUUUCACCAAAUAAAAUAGUUUCGAGGUCGGUAAGCAAAACCAGAAUUAUUCCGUACAUUAGGCGCACCGGGUUAUAAGGCGCACUACGCUAUCUCGUACGUGUGACUGCCAUCUACUGGUCACACUUAUCAUUACACCAAAUAAAAUAGCUUCGAGGUCGGUAAGCAAAACCAGAAUUAUUCCGUAUGGGGGGCGGCAUGGCGUAGUGGGUUGAGCGGCCUUUCCAGAAACCUGAGGGUUGCAGGUUCGCUCCCCGCCUCUUACCAUCCAAAAAAUCGCUGCCGUUGUGUCCUUGGGCAGGACACUUCACCCUUGCCCCCGGUGCCGCUCACACCGGAGAAUGAAUGAUGAAUGAAUGAGUUGUAAAAAUGAAUGAUGGGUUCUCACUUCUCUGUGAAGCGCUUUGAGUGUCUAGAAAAGCGCUAUAUAAAUCUAAUCCAUUAUAUUAUUAUUAU